GUAAUGAUACCCAUAAAAAUAAUACAACCACGAGGACGUUAUCUUUUUUUAUGCGGACAUAGAAUAGCUACGGAAUUUGCGGCAAAAGCUUGUAGACAGUAAUAUUUAUGAAUGAACGCUGUAGAACGUGUUCGUGUCGCUAAAAAAAUUCCCACGCAAUCUUUACGUCACGCAAUCUUAAUUACUCGCCCAUGUUAAGCAAAUACGAUAGUGCCGCUUGUUUUAACAAAAGUGAGACGCCGUCAAAUGCAAUUUGAUUUUUUCAGGUGUUAAUUUGCGUGCUUUAUUAAAUUUUUCCUCGAGAAUUUUGUUUGGCUAAAAAGGCUCAUAACGCUCUACUUAACGAAAAUUAUAUACGGCAGCGUCAAUCGAUCGGCGAAAUAAUAGAAAAGAAGUGUCCGUGCAUGUGUAUAAUUUGCUGGAAUAAUUUAUGGCGGUUAUAGGAGAAACGAUAAAAAGUGUUGCUAUUUGUAGAUAGAGAAAAAUAAUAAAUUUUCUCGCGCCUAGAACCUUGAAAAAUAGUAUCACGAGUUUUACACGCUGCGUAAGCAAAUGCAAAUUCGCGAUGCUUAAAAAUAUAUACAACGUGAGCGGUGAGGCAAUAACAUAAUAUUUGCAGAUAUAACUUGGCUAGAUGUAUUUACGUAGUAUUUUUUGACCUUAAAUCGCCAUAACACGCAAUUUUAUUCUUUACGUAAGAACCGUUUACGGAGCGCAGUAAUGCGCGGCGCCGCGACGUGGCGGAAUGCAUAGUGUUUGCGAUUAGCGUUGCUUUUGCAAUAGUCUUUAAAAAAAUCCAGCUUGUACGCAUGUAUGUGUGAUGUUGUCAGAAAGUGAUUUUUACCAUAAAACUAUCAGUAAAUUGAUAAAGGAAUAUUAGUAAAAAAGUUGAGGAAUAUUACGGCGUAAUUAUGCCUUUUUUAUUAUUAUUGUAUCUCUGCUUCAAGAUAAAAAAAUAUCUCGGUUCACGGAGAAAUUUUCUCCCGUUUGUUUUGAAAUUGCAUUGUAGCUUUAUUUAGUUUGAUUGAAUAACCGAGAGUCCGCAUAAGGACGAAUAUCUUCGUUUGUAUGGGCGCGCGGGGCCCUUGCAAGGACAGCAGCCUUUUUAACGUUUUCCAACGCGCAGCUCGCGUAUUUUUAACUAAUUAUCAUUUAUAGAUGCGUAUUUUAUUGUGCCAGAUUUUUCCCAGGCUGAUUAUUUCUGAAACUCGUGUAGCGACGAUUGAUUUAGACUUGUAUUGAUUACGCUUGCUAUAAAUGAAUUUUAAAUGCCGAAAUUGAUUCUCGUAAUUACGUAAUUGAUUGAAAAUAGUGGUGCGCAUAAAUGAGCCGCGGUACGUCUGCAAAAAGACGUAAAAAAAAGUGCAAAGAGUUAUGUAUAUGCAAUUAAUAACGUCGGAUUAGAUUUAUCUUAAUAAAUGAGGCGAGGAGACUCGCGAAUAAGGCAAAGUGAUCAUAAAUAAAGCGGGGAUAAAGAUUAAUUUGCGAGUCUCGCGUCUUCUUCUAGAAAGGAAUCAGAGGGACAGUUUGGUCCAUUUCGGCUCGCCUUGACUUGGCGCAAUUUGACUCCCGCUGACUCGAUUCGGCACGUUCAGGUACUGACGGAGGGCAACGACGCGAUUCCUCGUCUCCCGCGUAUCAUCUUUCCCCCGCCAUUUGCCCCACGGAACGCAUCUCUCUUUAUUGACCGGCAUAAAAGCCGCUUUGCGACUGUUGAGGCCCGUCCAGACGGAUUUGCAUAGCCGCGUAAAGCGCAUGAAAAAAAAAAAAAUAAUAAAGCAGUCGCGCGUCCAAUAAGAGGAAUGCGAUGUAAUAUAUAAACAUCUUUUGCAUCUUACGCAAAGCCGACCUAGAUAGCUAAUUUUUUCGCGCAUAAAUAUAUGCAAUUAUACAAAUCUCCGUCUUGAUGGGCUUUAAUAUUUCCUGUUGAACGUUUGCUAGCAACAACACACACGUAUUAGACGUAUCUUUAAUUUGCUGGAAAAAAUUGCAACCGCUUGGCAAAUAUGUGGAAGCUUGCAAACCGCUAUCAGACGUUCUUGUACACGCAACCAGUAAUACCUCGUGCUGCAUCGCCAACAGUUUGGAAUGCUGGAUGUAAAUGUCAAACUGUAUAGAUUAUAAGUUACAUUUUGACGCGAUGAGAUAAUAAAAAUUAACGAAAGCGACAAUGAUAAUCGCAAUAAUAGUGAUAAUAACUAUUUCUCCAAUUCACUCGCUUAUCAGACUUAUUGCUCGUCGGACUUUACCCAAUAAUUAUUACAAUAAUGAUAAAAAAUAUUCCUCAAAUUCACCAGUACUGUUUCUUUCAUUUACAAUUAUGAAUUAUGCGCGGCUUAUAUGAAUUAUGAAUUAUGCGCGUCCGUCGCAUUUAUCAUGAUGCGUUCAGCAGGUUCUUUAAACUUUGUUGGCAGCAUCAGUACAAAGCGUUAAUGUAGCGCCGACUUCUGCUGAAAUGCAGACAUUCUUUCUCCCUUUCUUCCCUCCGUUCGCACUUGCAAGAAACCAGUUGCGAUUUUUCACGCGGUGGGAACUAGAAGCCGCUCCCUACUAUAAAUAGCCUUCGGGUUCAUUCUCGGUCUGCGAUGCCGGCAUCCGAUGUGACCGGCGGUGGUGGCAGCGUCUGGACCGGCACCAUAUCAAUAUAUGUAUAUAUAUAUGUGUCUGACAGUCUCUUUUUUUUGUCACGCGCAUAUAAUCAGUUGAUAAAACUCCGCUCUCUUACGCCGUAAAUUGGUGGUCGAAAAAAGAUAAAUAAACACGCGGGAAAAAAGAUGUAUGUUUAGAUAGACAAGUGCGCGAGAUGGGGGCGCGACUUUUAAAAAAGAAAAAGAAAGGAAGAAGAUAUAUAGGGUCACAUAAUUUGCAUCGAAAUUUUUACUAAACGAAAAAAAGUGAUCCCUUACGAAAGAUUGACCGUUUUCUCGGCGCGAGGCGUGACGCGCGGCGAUAAAUUUGAGGUGCAUAAGAUUAAUGCGGUCCAUGCCUGUCUUCCUAAAUUGUAAUAGAAUAGCAUGCAGAUGUAUCUGCGUCUUUUUGUGGAGAAGUUUACCGUGGUAUUAUAUUAUGAUAUAUAUAUAUAUAUAAAACUUUAACGAAUGAUGUACAUAAUUGGAAUUAAAAAGCUUUGAGGAAAGCUGUGACACAUUAGUAAAGUAAAGUUUACUUACAUAUAUUUAUUGAAUUCUCGCUACUUGAUAAUAUAAUCUUAUCGAGAAAGGCGGUAUAUUUGCUAUUCGUUAGCGUUUAAACAAAGCGGCCUCUAUUUUAGCUAGUUUACCAUAAAUUUACAAUUCAACGUUAAUCGCAUUUUAUUUUGACGCGUCAUAAAUUAUCAACCUUGAUUAGAAUGUCGCAGACAUCUUUGCGAAGGCCGUGUAAUAAAUAUACAUCUAGAAAAAUUGCGAUGCCGAUGACGGGAAGAUAAGAUCGUGAAACAUAAUAUAGUGAAAUUUCGCGCAGAGCGCGAGACGGGAAUCGAAGGUCGCGAAAAAGCGAUAUGCAUGCGUUGUAAAUAGAUCGUAUCGUUCUAACACUGGUUUCCUUGCCCCAUCGCCCUACAAGUGAGUCUUAUCUCGCAUCGUCCAAGACAGGUCUCACUUGCAAAUUACGUCACGCAAGACGAACGCGUGGAGCGUGAUUUAUUUAAAAUCGUUACGUAGAAAUUGUAGUCGAAAGAAAAUGGAAAAACAGUUCGAAAUAGCUCUAACUUCGGUGACUGAUUCGUGCUCAUUAGUGCGCAUUCAAAGAAAGGACAGAAUAGACAGGACAAUUUGUAACGAGCAUCGCGAGCAAGCGAUGCAAGCAUGCGAUAUGCAACAGCACGCAUGAAAUUACAAAACAUCGUCAAUUGUGUGUGCGCGCUCGGAGCGAGAGAAGCGCUUCCCUUUUUUUUAUUUUGGAUUCUUUUAUCAAAUAUAUUGUUGCCCGCGAAAGAACGAUAAGAAGAAAGAAUGAUAAUGGAUGAAUGAGAUGGUGUUUAAUUUUGAUAAAUCGAAGUCCAUUUCUGUCUAGCUAAAAUAAGCAUAAAGACAAAAAGAAAUCACUAUUUAGUCAUUCGAGGCGGGACGCACUAAGCCGAAUCGAGCUGUGCUGAAACAGGCCAAGCCGUGACUAGCCAAGUCAACUCAAAACGAGCCGAGUUAAACCGAAUCAAGUCGAAUCGAGCCGAAUUCAAAUGAACCAAGCCGUGCCGCAGCCGGCUCACACCGCGCCGGCAAAGCAUGUGGCCAGUCCCCGUCUAUCUGUCGCAUACGUCGGAUUGCCUUCUUGAAGAAGUGUUACUUAUUUUGAACCAUUUAUUUUUUUUGGUGACUUUGAGACACUAUCUGUUUGUAGAAAUAUUGUUUGUCUUAAACUGUUGUGAUUAUUAAUUAUCAAUGGUAUGCGAUUGGUAUGUAAUUGUUAUCACAGUUCUGCCGAGAAGUCGAUGUAAAGCACACUCAGAGUGUUCAGAGGCCUAACGAGCGGUUCGAUCGUCUUUACUAGUGCCGGACGCUCAAACUAGAAAUAUCUGUGUACUCGAGUGAACCGCGCGUAAUUCUAAUAGUGUUUUUUUUUAAACAAAAAAAAAUGACGAUAAAAAAAUUUUCGUGACAACGACGUCAGAAUCGAUGGAAUAUUAUUAAAACGAUUGUCGUCACGAAGUGCGUGAAUUAAAAGUCAAUAAAGCAAUACCGCUGCUUAUAAAGGUGUUAAUUGAAGUUAAUUGAAGCUUUCGCGAGAAGUAUCGUCGUAAUACGAAUAAGGCAGGAUAAUCUCGCGGAAAAAUGGCGUAUGACGACGUUAUCCUUCGAAUGGGCGAGUUCGGUCGCUAUCAGCGCAGGGUCUACCUCCUACUCUGUCUUCCAGCGAUAUCAUGCGCCUUUCACAAGCUAGCCGGCGUGUUCCUCGGUGCCAAAAUGAAUUCAAGGUGUUUACUGCCGCACGAAUUCGCGAUGAACGCGACAUUCCAGCUGAGCCAGGACGUAUUAAACGCGAGCUACCCGUGGGACCCCGAGCUUCAAGGGUGGUCGCAAUGUCUGAGCCUUGACCUUACCGGCGCCGCGAACGGCACGAUCGUUGAGAGAUCAAUUGGCGGCGACGGCGCCGCAGGGAAAGGGAUCAGUUGCAAGGAAUACGUGUACGACAGAAGCGUGUACAAAAGCACAACCACUUCCGAGUGGGACUUGGUCUGCGAUAAGGCGUGGCUGAGAGCGACGGGGGACGCGUUGUUCAUGGUAGGAGUCAUGCUUGGCUCGAUGAUAUUCGGCGGUUUGUCCGAUAAAUAUGGUCGUAGACCAAUUUUCUUCCUGUCUUUAGUCAUACAGCUGGUCGGCGGUGUACUAGUCGCUGUCGCGCCCGAGCUUAUUUCCUACGUAAUCUUCAGGCUGAUCGUCGGCUCGACCACUAGUGGGGUGUUCCUGGUAGCUUACGUUAUAGCCUUGGAGAUGGUCGGGCCGAAAAAGCGAUUGGUAGCCGGAGUGGGCUGCCAAUUGUUUUUCACCACCGGAUACAUACUUACCGCCGGCUUCGCCUAUUUCAUUACCGAUUGGAGAAUGCUGCAAAUAGCCAUUACGGUACCGAGCAUCGCGUUUCUACUUUAUUGGUGGUUCAUUCCCGAAUCCGCGCGAUGGCUCCUGACGAAGGGCCGCCACCAGGAAGCAAAGGAUUUGCUGCAACGCGCUUCCCUGGAGAACGGCGUGGAGAUGCCCAGCGAAACUCUGGACACGCUUCUCAACAACAACAGCGAGGACAGCAAGCCUGAUAUGAGGAAGCCCUCGCUGUUCGAUCUGUUCCGCUAUCCGAACUUAAGGCGGAAGAGCAUUCUCUUGUUUUUCAACUGGCUCGUCAACAGCGGCACGUACUACGGACUCUCUUGGCACGCGUCCAACCUCGGCGGUAACGAUUACGUUAAUUUUGUAAUAUCUGGAUUAGUGGAGGUGCCAGCGUACACGUUCCUCAUCUUCACUCUGAACCGAUGGGGCAGGAAAAUCAUUCUUUGCGGCUGCAUGAUGUUGUCCGGAUUGGCAUUGCUCGCUACAUUAUUUGUUCCUGCCGAUACACCGUGGUUAAUCGUUACCUUGGCGAUGAUAGGAAAACUUGCUAUCACAUCCUCUUACGGCGCAAUUUAUGUGUUCACCGCUGAGCAAUUUCCAACAGUCAUCCGAAACGUCGGACUGGGAGCAAGUUCUACUUUUGCUCGAAUUGGCGGAGUAAUCGCGCCAUAUGUCAAUCAUCUAUCGGAGAUAUGGACGCCAUUACCACUCGUUAUUUUCGGAGCCAGUGCCUUAUUGGGCGGAUUAAUGUCCCUUCUUCUUCCCGAAACGUUGAAUAAAAAAUUACCCGAAUCGAUUCAAGACGGGGAGCUCUUUGGAAAGAAAACGUCAAAGAAAAAGAAGAAGAAGCAGCAAUUGGAUAUCAACCAACUGCAUGAGGUGGAUGUAAUAAAGCCGUUAAAGCCACAGGAGAAGCAGAACGGCGUGCACGAGAAACAGAACGGAUGACAGUAAUUUUAUGAAAACUGAUAUUCGGUAUUACACUCAAAAUAUGUAUUCGAUUUCCGUCUGAUCAUGUGUUAAAUGUCUGCCCUGUGCAGCACAUAUGCCUACGGAGAACUAGGCGUAAUACAAUGUUCAUCGGAGAUUUUGAUCCAAAUUUUCGUAUCUACAAAUAAUCUAAUUACUCGCUCACGUUUCCGUCGAUAUAUGGAUUGAGCUAAUAUAAUCUCAAUUAUCGGAAUACCGUUACACACGGAAAUAUGAAAGUUAAUUAACCGUCAGAAGAAACGUAUAUAUAUUUCGCGUUUUAAUACUUCGAAAAUAGCUGCGACGAUGCUGUUUACUUUCGCGCCAACACAACGCAUUGCGUUAAUUAUAGAAUAUAAGGAUUCUGCCGGCAUACAUAUCAUUAUUCAAACAUCUGAAGGUUCUUUAUAAAGAGUGACCACGAGUUAUGUAUGAAAUAUUGCAACUUAUCAAUAUAAAAACUUUUUGCUAGUA